AGAUCAAACUCAUCAUAAUUUCUUCAUGUUUCUCUAUAAAUUAAGGGUUUUCAUUUCCUCUUUAUCUCUCGAUUCCUCCGCCGGUAAGCUUCGUCUUUGCUCCGAAACUAUCUUCUUUCUUUUUCUUAGCUUUCCUUUGAUCGUGGGUUUCACCUUCGCACCUGCCGAAGACGGGUCUAUGUUUCCUGUUUUUUGCUUAAUUUGAAGAGAUUGUGGUUCGUGAAGGUGUUUUCUUUGUUUAAUUUUGGUGGGUGUCGCGCUUUCUGUGCAACCACAUCUUGAUUAGGCUUGAUUAUGGCUUCUUAAGUGGUGGAAAGAGUUUCUUUUAGCUGGGCUGAAACUGGAAUUUUGGUUUCGGGUCUCGGUUUUCUCUGGAGAUUUUGUUACUUGCUUAAGAUUGAAAUCAUUUUGUGGUUUGAGUGGUUAAAGAGUUGGAUCUCUUCUUUUUUAGAGAUGGGUACUCUUUAAUGAAUAUUGCAUCUCAUGGGUGAAUGGGGCUAAAUUUAUUGAAGAUGCUAUUGAUGAAAUUUUAUGUAAUUUCCUGUGCCUCCUACAACAUUUUAAAUGCUUGCUUCUCGUGAGUUAUAUGCGACAUUAGAAUAAUGGUGUUGCUUGGCUUUGGUUUCAUGAUGUUUAGAUGAUGUAGGCCCUUAAUAAAGGCCAAUUGGUAUAAUCUUUUAAUGUUUUGUGUCUUUUUCUUUUUCUUGAUAUACUUUCGAUUAGGGUGCAUUUUUUGAUAUAGUUUUAUGAGCGCCCAUCAAUUAUUAUCUUCUGCUAGUACUUUGUUUGAAGUUAUUCUGGCUUCAUCUUAACUGAAUGAGGAUUUCAGAGUUGAUAUCUUAUGGUUUUACAAAGCAUGCUAAGUCAUAAAAUUGUUGACAUUGGGGUUAGGGCCAAAUGCCUGAAUCUAGUCAUUAAUGAACUAUUAUUACUAUCUUAAAAUGAGGUUUUCUGAAUUGGUUUAUUCUUGGUUCACCGUUCACUUUGACAGCCAUCUGUUGUUUCUCUGCUCAAGCAGAGAGUGCAUAGUUUGACCAUUCAGCUUUCAUUUUAUUUAUUUAAUAACAAAUAUUUGUGCAUUCUACAUGCUUCUGUUGUGAUUGAGCUGUACUUACUAUGUAUUUUCUACUGCUUAUGUUUUACAAAUCUUAAGAACUGCGUUUUAUGGAUUUAAAAGCUUCUAACAAAUUACUGCAUACUCU